AUGGUUCUCAUCAAAAUAAAACAAAAUGAAAAGAACGUACCUUUGGUUCUAGUUGGUUCAAAAACAGAUUUAACAGAUAAAAGAGAGGUCAGUGAAGAAGCAGGUCAGACCCUUGCAAUACAACUUGGCGCCAGGUACAGGUGGUUUGAAACAAGUAGUUUGACCGGAGUAGGGGUGGAGAACUUGUUUAGUGAAGUAUGUUCUGAUUUGCUUAAUGGGAAGACGACCCAUCUGAAGAUAGUUUCUGACAUGUCGAAUACACCUGCACCUGCAAAUAAGAUUGAGGCGGUGGUAGAGCGAGACAGUGAAGACGGAGGUAAAAAAAGGAGAAGAAAAUCUUUUCUACAGCGGUUCUCUAGCAGAGCUGUAUUGAGAGCGGCUAAAGUGAAGAAAGAUGAAGACGAUGCAAGAAAUCGGAAAUUUUGGUGUUUUUGAUUUUAUUUUUAAAAUUAUUGUAAACUUGCAUUUUAUGGUCCUUACAUAUCUGUUAUGAGAUACGAUAAAUAGUAUCAAUCUGGACCCGCAUAACGCUGGAGUAGGUUAUUUUGAUUUUUGGACCAAAAUCAGUUAAACAGAUUUAAAGAGGUUUAUAUUGUCCAUACGAGUAACUACGAAUCAUAUUCCACAAAAAAUUUUUCCCGCUAAAAGCUUGUUUUAACAAAGAUUAAAAAUUUAUCAAUUUUUUAAAAUAUUGUUUUAUUCGCCAAACGGUUUUGCAGUUCAUUCAGUAGUAAACUGGAAUUAGCACAGCACAGUAUUUCUGUAGACCAUAGUUUGGGAAUUUAUAGAUCAAUGUAAUUUAAUAUUUUAUGUGAUAAUUUUUAGAUUUAUAUCAAUAAAUAAUCUUUUUUGAA